AUGCUCUGGGAUGCCGAGAAAAACGAAAAUAUGCACAUAGGGCUUCGUUCCUCAUUAUGCCUAUUCACAACCCGGUUCACCUGUAUGGAGAAUCCAACUGAGUUGGAAGUUCAUUACGGCCUCAACCAUACUUUCGAUAGACCCGACAAGCCAAUCGAGAGGUCGCCCUUGACGGUACCGCUCAAGCCGGAUAUAACUGGUCUGAAGUCAGUAACCGUCACAAUGCAUUUCAACUCCUGCACAGCGUAUGAUAUGGGGCAGAAAUACAAUGAGUGGUUCAGCGACCGCGUGGGAUAUUCUGUUAAACUUUUGUACAUUGGAGACUAUCGCCGAAGAAUAUUGGGCAAUAUGGGAGAGGGAGUCAAGGUCCAUGGCAAUACUUGGAUCUAUUCUACCCUGGCACCAGUACCAAUGGCCAUCAUUAUUGGGUACAUUGCUCUCAGAGCCGAGACUAUGAGGACUACAUGGCAUAUUGUCGCCAUAGCAGCUUUUGUCAUAAGUUGCAUUCUUCCUUUUCGACAGUUUCAGAAGCUUUCAGGUGCGACCAAACCGGGCUUGACUUUUGCAGAUCUUGCCGCCUAUCUUGUUAUCAGUAACAGUAGCUAUGACAACGUCAACAGCAGACUCUCUGGAGAUGAAGAAUUGGACAUUACCAAAUUUCGAGCCAACAUUGUUGUGUCGGGGGCUAAAGAUGCGUUUGAGGAAGACUUCUGGGGCGAACUCCAGAUUGGAGGGGACAUCACCAUGAAGUUGACUCAAAAUUGUGCUAGAUGCAGUAGUCUGAACGUAGACUACAAGACCGGUAAGCCCGGGACGACAGAUGCUGGAAAGGUUUUGAAAAUCCUCAGUAAGGAUAGAAGAGUCGAUCCUGGCACGAAGUGGAGUCCCAUCUUUGGAAGAUACGGCUUCAUCACCUCGCCAUCAGGAGACAAACCUACGAUGAGAAUCACGGUUGGGGAUGAAGUAAGCAUCCUGAAAAUGAACAAGCAGCGCACUGUGACAGACUAUCCGAAAAAACAAGCUGCCAUUUACAUCUGA